AUGUGGUUCCUUGGUUUCUCCACAAACAACCGAAGAAGCCUAUUGAUAAUUGGUGCAAUUCUGCUGGUGAUCCUUCUAACCGUGAUGUUAAAGAAGUGGGUCGUCUACCUUGAGUCCCAAGCAACCAAAUGUUCCAAAAGAGAAGGUGAAGAUGAUCAGAAACGACGCCGAGGAACUUCAAAGAGUAGUAGUAGUCUGUGUGGCCCUGGUGUCAUAAGAACAUAUGCGCUUGAAGAGCUGAGAACAGCGACGAGGGGCUUCAAGAUUCGAAUAGGAGUAGGAGCCACGUCUUUCGUGUAUCUUGCGGAGCUCGGCGACGGACGAUUUGGUGCAGUGAAGCGGGUGAUGGAGGAGAGAGGUGGGAGCAAGAAGAUGUUCCUGGAUGAAGUUUCUGUUCUGCUUCGGAUCUCUCAUCCCAAUUUGGUCGGCUUAUUGGGCUUUUGCUUGGAGAAAGGAGAACAACUUCUACUACUGGAGUACAUUCCAAACAAGAGCCUUUUCGAUAAGAUGCACACCUAUCAUGGCCAAAUGUCGGGGUUGCUGUCAUGGUCGAACCGCUUGAGCAUUGCCCUAGACAUAGCUCGGGCCCUUGAUUACCUCCACUCACAAGCUGAUCCGCCCAUAAUUCACAGAGAUGUCAAAUCCUCCAACAUUCUCUUAAUCGACAAUGAGCAUGCCAAGCUUGUCGACUUUGGGCUUUGCAAAUUGGGCCAUGACACGAGCCACGGGUCACGAACGCCGACUACCGUGAAAGGAUCGUUGGGCUAUGUCGACACUUGGUACCUAAACACGGGCCUAGUAUCGCCAAAGAGUGAUGUGUAUAGCUUUGGGGUUCUAUUGCUUGAGCUAAUAACGGGCCUAAAAUCCAUACAAGGCUCAGAGACUCUUGCAGGAUGGACUGAGGAGUGCCGCAAGAACGAUGAUAUUCAAGUCUUGCAUACUUUGUUGGACCCAAAACUGAAGGGCAAAGCAAAUUUAGAGCAGCUUCGGGUGUUGAUCAAUGUGGCCAACUCAGCAUUGCUCGACAAUUCUGAAGGGAGACCGGACAUGAGCUUCAUCGUAUAUACGAUUUCAAGUUGUUUGGAACCUGAUCAACUUCAGCCCGACUUGCCUGUAUAA